UUUAAGAGAGCAUCUUUAAUAAAUUCUCCAAAAUCCUUUGUAUAUGGAUCUACACCUCUUCACAGUCUCAGACUCAAAUCAAUAACUCAAACCCCCUCCCCCUCCCCCUCCCAAAAAUAAACAGAAGAAGAGAGAAAAAUGAGACACUCUUGCAAAGUCUCUAUAGUUCUUCUUCUGGUUCUUAUCAAUGGUGUCUUUGGAGAUAACCCUUAUAGAUUCUUCACAUGGAAAAUAACGUAUGGUGACAUUUAUCCCCUUGGUGUCAAACAACAGGGAAUAUUGAUAAACGGGCAGUUUCCUGGACCUCACAUUGACGCAGUCACAAAUGAUAAUAUCAUCAUCAGUGUUUUCAAUUACUUGAGAGAGCCUUUCCUUAUUUCUUGGAACGGUGUCCAACAGAGGAAGAACUCAUAUCAAGAUGGAGUAAUAGGGACAACAUGUCCGAUCCCACCAGGCAAAAACUUCACUUACAUAAUUCAAGUUAAAGAUCAAAUCGGUAGCUUCUACUACUUCCCUUCUCUUGCCUUCCACAAAGCCGCUGGUGCAUUCGGAGCCAUCCGUGUCUGGAGCCGUCCUCGCAUCCCCGUCCCGUUCCCUUCUCCUGACGGUGACUUCUGGCUUCUCGCUGGAGAUUGGUACAAAACCAAUCACUAUGUUUUGAGACGUCUAUUGGAAGCUGGAAGGAAUGUACCAUUCCCUGAUGGAGUUCUUAUCAAUGGCCGUGGCUGGGGAGGCAAUACCUUCACGGUUCAACCCGGUAAGACCUACCGAUUCAGAAUAUCAAACGUUGGGACCGCGACUACAUUAAACUUCAGGAUUCAAGGCCACACGAUGAAGCUCGUUGAAGUGGAAGGCUCCCACACUAUUCAAAACGUCUACACUUCACUCGACGUUCAUUUGGGACAGUCUUACUCUGUUCUUGUUACCGCUAACCAAGCGCCUCAAGACUAUUACAUUGUCGUCUCCUCGAGGUUCACGCGGAGAGUCCUCACCACGACUUCGAUUCUCCAUUACAGUAACUCGAGAAGAGGCGUCUCUGGUCCUGCUCCGUCUGGACCCACUUUGAACAUUGCCUCUUCGCUCUUCCAAGCUCGAACUAUCAAGAGGAAUCUAACCGCGAGUGGUCCGAGACCAAACCCGCAAGGCUCGUAUCAUUACGGUUUGAUCAAACCAGCCCGUACCAUCAUGCUCGCCAACUCAGCUCCUUGGAUUAAUGGCAAGCAAAGAUACGCCGUGAACGGUGCCUCUUUUGUUGCGCCUGACACGCCGUUGAAGCUCGCCGAUUACUUCAAGAUACCUGGUGUUUUUAACCUCGGAAGCAUCCCAACAAAUCCCCCUGGUGGGAACGGAGGUUACCUUACAACAUCUGUUAUGGGUGCUAACUUCAGAGAGUUCAUCGAGAUUGUUUUCCAGAACUGGGAAAACUCAGUCCAGUCUUGGCACAUCUCCGGUUACUCUUUCUUCGUCGUCGGAAUGGACGGAGGCCAAUGGACGCAGGGGAGCCGAUCAAAGUACAACCUCCGGGACGCAGUUUCACGAUCCACUGUUCAGGUUUACCCGAGGGCAUGGACAGCUAUCUACAUAGCUUUAGACAAUGUUGGGAUGUGGAACAUACGGUCGGAGAAUUGGGCACGACAAUACUUAGGGCAACAAUUCUAUCUCAGAGUUUACACGUCCUCUACUUCGUACCGAGACGAGUAUCCGCCACCAAAGAACGCUCUUAUGUGCGGACGAGCUAGAGGCCGCCACACUAGGCCGUUCUAGAACGAAUAUCAAAAUCCAACGGCUCAACUUUUUUUUAUUUAUGAUUGGAUGAUCUGAAAUGUUUAGUAUUGUCACGAGAGGGUGGCAACAAAUGUGAGCUUCGUGGAUUUUGUUCACUACGGCAUGAAAGUUACGAAAACAAUUUGGAGCUUGACUUGAGCUUUCAAUUUAAUUUGAAUGAUGAAAUCAAAUGUAGUGUUCUUGUUUUUAAAUCUUUUAAAACUUUUUGCAUUACUUGUUUUUCGAACUCUAAAGUUAUUGUAUUACGUGACCACAAGACUUA